UUGUCAACAGGUGAAAUCCAAUCUGCUUACACAACUCAAAUCUUGUGUCAUAUAAAAUGUAGAAUUUUCAAAGAAGAUUUACUUUUCGAUACGCACUGGGAUCUGUAAAUGUUCUGAGAUUGUCUCAGCAGUAGCAUACUCACGCGAAAUAAUUCGCAGUCUAAGGGAGAGGGAAACCGCGCAAUUGCCAACAAAGUCUGUAGAGGUAUAACGUGUCAUUUUACCCUUCUUCAAAUGAAAGAAUUGAUAGAAGGGUAAUUUAUACAUGCACCCUACCAUACAUCUGCAAUUCAGGUAACGGUUACAUUUAGUAUUCAUUCCAAUCUUUGUAUACUUAUUUAUGUAUCAAAGUUUCACAUUCAGCAUGUGUGGGCACUUCAAAGCUUCAAGAACUUCUUCCUGUGAAUAGAUCUAAGAUACAAAUCAGAAUAGUUACUUUGCUUACAAUGGCAUGUGUAAAAACAAAAAUGUACUUCUUGUGGUUAUAAGGAGCAAUUUCUGUCUUGGUUACUAUUUUUCGUCGGCAUGUUCGGCGACGUAACAUUAGAAAAGGCGAUCGCGUUCACUCGAAUCAGCGUGGCUUUGACCUGUUGUUGGCCGCCUCGUUUCGCAGCUACCAAGUCUCAGAUAGUCCGUUUCAAAAUUCUCAGGUCGGCAGUGAUGCUAAACGCAUUCGCGCUCUUGUUUCCCCUGCUGUAUGCACUUUACGUGGAACGCGAUAACCCUAGCAACUUCGUUCAGGCGGCAUGCCUAACACUGGCUACUCUCCAGGUUCUCGUGCAAACGAUUUUUUGCAUUAGCCAGUACGAUCGUCUUCGGCGGUUGAUAGAAGAGAUGAUACUUUACUGCGAGAAAGCGAAAUCGUAUGAAAGUUACGUGUUCCAACGGUGCGCGCAAACCUAUAGCGCGUUUUAUGGAGUGUCUGCGAUCUGGUUCUACGUGUCAGCGUGUACCGUUGUCGUAGGAAGUGUGUUGAUAUCUCAGCCUUUUCCGACCAAAGCUGAAUAUCCGUUCGCUGUGGAUUACGAGCCCUUGAGAACGAUUAUUUUUCUUCAUCAAGCUCUAGUUGGUAUGCAAUGCGCUGCACAUGCAUGUAUCAACAUGUUUGGUGCUCUGCUGCUGUUGUUUGCGGCUGCACGGUUCGAGAUUCUGAUGAUGGAGCUGCGAAACAUCACCGACGUUCAUAGCCUGAUCGAGGGAGUAAACAAAUAUCACUCUGUGAAAAGAUACGCAAAGGAAGUGGUCAAGUGUGUUAAAUUAAUUGCCCUGAACACGCUAGGACUAUGCGGAGUGGCGCUUGUGCUAUGCGGCAUUAGUUUCAUCGGGCGCGUGCCGCUCACGAUAAAAUUGCAAUUCUUAUGCUUGGGUGGAACUGGAUUGUUAGAGGUAUUCAUGUGCGCCCUGCCAGCGGAUCGCUUGAUGGACGUAAGCCAAAACGCCAUCUCAGGUGCGUACGAAUCGUCGUGGUACGAGGAAACAUUGAGAAUGCAGAAGAACGUGCUUCAUAUGCUGAUACCACAGAAGGAGGUAGCCAUCAGGAUCAAGGCUAUCGUUCCAGUUCUCUCUUUGAACUACUACUGCUUGUAUGUCUCCAAUGUGAUAUCCCUGUUCACUGCUCUACGGGUCACAAUGAUGAAGCAUGACGAUAAAAGUACUACUAUCCAUCCGUAUUUCUUCAUCGGUUCGCUACACUCGUUUGUCAUGUUUGGAAACGUAACAUUCAAAAAAGCUAUCGCGUUCACUCGUAUCAGCGUGGCUUUGACCUUCUGUUGGCCGCCUCGUUCCAAAGCUACCAAGUCUCAGGUACUCCGUUUCAAGGUCCUCAGAUUAGGAGUAAUUCUAAGCGCAUUCGGGCUCUUUUUCCCCUUGACGUAUGCACUGUACGUGCAACGCGAUGACUUCACCAAUUUUGCUCAGGCGGGAUGUAUGUUACUGGCUAUUAUCCAGGUUAUCUUGCAGACGUUUUUCUGCAUCAACCAGUACGAUCGUCUUCGGCGGGUGAUAGAAGAGAUGAUACUUUACUGCGAGAACGCGAAGUCGUAUGAAAAUGUCGUGUUCCAACGAUACGUGGAGAGAUAUAGCACGUUUUACGGAGCGGCUGCAAUCUGGUUCUACGCGGCAGCGUUUACCGUUGUCGUGGGGAGCGUAUUGAUUCACCAGCCCUUCCCGACCAACGCUGAAUAUCCGUUCCCUGUCGACUACGAACCUUUGAGGACCAUUAUUUUCCUGCACCAAGGUCUAGUUGGUCUACAAUGCGCUGCCCAUGUGUCUAUUAGCAUGCUUGGCGCCAUGCUGCUGCUUUUUGCUGCUGCACGAUUCGAGAUUUUGAUGAUGGAGCUGCGAAACAUCACCGACCUUCAUAGUCUGAUCAAAGGUGUCGCCAAAUACCGCUUUGUGAGAAGAUACGCUGAGGAAGUGGCCAAGUGUGUUAAAUUAAUUGCCCUGUCUACAUUAGCGAUAUGCGGAGGGGUACUUGUGCUCUGCGGAAUUAAUUGCAUAGGGCAAGUGCCAUUCACGAUAAAAUUGCAAUUCUUUUUCUUGGGUGGAGCUGGAUUGUUAAAAGUAUUCAUGUGCGCGCUGCCAGCGGAUCACUUGAUGGACAUAAGCCAGAACGCCAUCCAAGGUGCGUACGAAUCGACGUGGUACGAGCAUCCAUUGACUCUGCAGAAGAGCGUGCUGUAUAUGCUGAUGCCACAGAAGGAGGUAGCUAUCAGUAUCAAGGGAAUCGUUCCAGCUCUGUCUUUGAAUUACUACUGUUCGUAUGUCUCCAAUGUGUUCACCAUUUUUACUGCUCUACGGAUGGUGAUGUUGGAGGAAGACGAUGAAAGCUGA